AUGCACCAUGAAUAUGUUCAACUAUCUUCUGGUUUAAACUCAGACCAAAAAGGAAUUCAUGAUAUUGUACUUAAAUCUAUUGAUUUGAGUUUGGGCAAGUUGUUCUUUGUAAGUGGUUCAGGAGGAACAGGGAAAACAUAUCUCUGGAGAACACUCCUAGCAAAAGUCAGGUCCGAAGGAAAAAUAGCAAUUACUGUUGCUACUUCUGGUAUUGCGGCUUUACUUCUACCGGGUGGUCGAACUGCGCAUUUAAGAUUUAAAAUACCUUUGAACCCAACAGAAGAAGCAACAUGUGACAUAAAAAAAGGCACACAACUUGCUGAGUUGAUCAUGCAAACAUCUUUAAUCAUUUGGGAUGAGGCACCAAUGACAAAUAAAUAUUGCUUUGAAGCUGUAGACAAAAGCCUUCGUGAUAUUAUGAAAAGUGUUCGAGAAGAAUUCUCAGCAAAGCCUUUUGGAGGGAUAACUACUGUGUUAGGAGGUGAUUUCAGGCAAAUUUUGCCAGUUAUUCCCAAGGGUGAUAGACAAGACAUCAUUCAAGCAUGUAUUAAGACUUCUUAUCUUUGGCAAGUUUGUGAGGUUCAUUCACUACAACAAAAUAUGAGGUUAAAGGCAGAUAAUUUAGAUUCUGCAUCAAAAGAACAGAUGAGACACUUUGCAAAUUGGAUUCUUGACAUUGGAAAUGGAAAACAUUGCCCAGAUAGUGGAGAAGCAUGGGUAACAAUAGAUCCAGACUUGAUGAUUGAAAACACUGAUAGUGGUGUUCGCUCUAUUAUUGAAAACAUAUAUCAAGAUUUGGAGGAUCAUGUUGGAGAAUCAAAUUUCUUAGUGCCUAGAGCAAUCUUAACUCCAACAAAUGAGACGGUUGAUCUAAUAAAUGACCAUAUAUUGGAAAGGAUACCAGCUGAAGAAAGCAUCUAUUUCUCUUCUGAUUCAAUUUGUAAAGCGGAUUUUCAUGUUGAAGAGCAAGACCUACUUUAUCCAACAGAGUUUCUUAACACACUUAAAUUUCCAGGAUUUCCACCACACACACUAAGGUUGAAAAAAGGCGCUGCAAUAAUGCUUCUUAGAAAUUUGAACCAAGGCUCUGGAUUAUGCAAUGGCACGAGACUAAAAAUCACACAACUUGAAAAAUGGUUUAUUGAAGGAGAAAUUUUGACUGGUUCAAGUGUGGGAGAAAAAGUCCUAAUUCCAAGAAUUACAUUGUCUCCUUCAGAAUCUAAAUGGCCAUUUGUCUUAAAAAGGAGGCAAUAUCCCAUAUCACUAUGCUUUGCUAUGACAAUCAAUAAAAGUCAAGGACAAUCCCUUCAACAUGUUGGGCUAUACCUCCCAAAGCAAGUAUUUACUCAUGGACAACUAUACGUCGCCGUGUCAAGGGUCACAACUAGAAACGGUCUGCGUAUUCUCACCACUGACGAAGACCAACCAACAGACAACACAAUCUUAAAUAUUGUGUACAAAGAAAUUUUGUAG